ACGCACUUUAAUAUUGUCGGACUUUAAGACCCUGUUUUGAAGAUCCCUACUUUAACGUCGCGUGUAGACCAGGUAUAUGGCAGGAUAUGAUGUGGUUAGGAACCAUUGCUGUUUGAUGGCGUCGGUUGUAAAUAGGAAUCGUUGAGUGUGAAGUAGGAUCACACACAAUCGAACCCAACCAAUGGGAAACAACAAUUCAGCGGUAUCACGAUAUUUGAAAGUCGGAAUCAUUCGGGCCUAGUCGCGAAUAGUUUCAGAAACGAAACUAGUAACGCUUACGCUCAUCCUCAUGGUCCUCCACACUUCGUUUUUGUAAGCCAUACAAAGGCUAUCCGGAAAUGAACUAUCAAACGUAAACAGACAAAAACCUGCUUCGACUGCACAAACAUUAAUUUGUUUCACGGUAUUAUUAUCUGGUCUUCAAUGCGUUGAAGAUACAGUGGAAACUAUUUUGCAUGAUAUUUGACACCAGGCAUGCUUUGAUUGUCACACAUCACGACGCGAAAAACGCUUUCUAUGCAUGUUUAUCCGACCUUCAAUCAACCUGUAAUAUAAGAAAAUGCUGAGGAUCAUAGGUCAUGUCCAUAUGACGAAUCUCAUGGAAUCGCGCUUAAGCGGAUGCAGUUUCAUUUGGUCAAAUGUCAGAAGGCUCAUCCCCAUGUCGAAAAAGAAGUAUGUCCCUUCAAUUCAACACACAGGGUCAACAAACAAGAAUACAAGCAUCAUUUAGAGACAUGUCCCGAAAAGGGAGUCCUUGAUCUUUUCAAAUACUAUACGCCAAAUAAUACUCAUAUCAUCGAAAGUUUACCAACUCCUGAACUUCCACCAGCUGACGAAAAUUGGGACACUGAUGACUGUAAAACUUAUGAUCCCGCUAAAAAGCUGGCAAAUGCACCAAUUGUACAAACUCUCAUUGGUGGCACAAAGAGCCAAAAGAAAAAAUCUAGAAACGAACAACGACAAAAAUUCCGCGCUCUUGACGACUCCGUUCAAUUAUCCAAAGGCCUACCAAUCUCUGAGGUUAAUACCAAAAACAAGUCUUUAUCUGAAGAUCAGCCUCUGCGACACCCGAAAACGGUUCCAAAAGCUCUUUCAACAACAGUACAGUAUGCUACACUGGCACCUGAAGUUGUGGUUGAUGGAGUUCGUGCACCUGCAUCUACACCUGCUCUAACAAAAACAAAACCUGCAAAAGCAGAACUCCCAUCAAAGGAUCAGCCUUUGCGUCAGCCAAAAACCCUCUCAAAAGCUCUUUCGACUUCAGCCCAGCUUGCUUCGCUGAACAAUUCAUCCGCGUCUCUAGCCGGUGAUGCUGUGAACUUCGAUCUGCAGCCAGGGGAUUAUCUCUCAGUCACACCAGCCUUAGAGAAGGGGCAUGGCAAAAGUUUGUCCAAAAUGAGACCAGCUGAGAAACUAACACAGCAUAAAGCAGGAGUAGAUAAGACCAAAUAUGAUUUCACCACAUUCGCCACAAGUGGUCGUGGAAAAUUCGUAUUCUAAAAAGCUAAGCUCAGGCUUCGAUUGAUGAUAGUAAGAACGUAUUAUAUGUAAGCGUGUUCAAAUUGCUAUACCUUGGUCAUUUAUAUCUUAUCGUUUCACUUAGAUUAUUUAGAUGGUAUGACACCGCUUUAUUUUUUUCCAAAUUUUUAUGAGUUCAAACAACAUAACAUAUUUGUUUCUUGUUUUAACUGCUUUUUUUAAAAUAAUGAUCACCUUAUACAUUAUGUAGGUUGUUCAGUGCCUGUAUAAAGAUUGUUUUAUAUGUGGCAUCAUUUAUAUCUUCUUACGACGAAAGAUAAAAUAAUUUCAUCAACUAAGAGGAUAUAUUUGUCCAUUUAUUCUCAAAUAAAAAGACAUAACGACAAUCA